AUGGCUGCCAACAACCUCUUUACGCCCCUCAAGCUCGGCUGCCUUGAGCUCGCGAAUCGCAUCCUCAUGGCGCCACUCACGCGCUGCCGCGCGACGCCUGGCGACCACAUCCCGACGGAGGCCAUGGUCCAGCACUACGCCGACCGCGCUGCAUCUGGCCUCAUCAUUGCCGAGUGCUCGAUGAUCGCGCCCAAGACGUCGGCCUUCUACUCGGAGCCCGGUGUGCACACGCCCGAGCAGUUGGCGGCGUGGAAGAAGGUCACGGACGCGGUCCACGCCAAGGGCGGCAAGAUCUUUUGCCAGAUCUGGCACGCCGGUCGCGCCGCGCACCCGAUUCUCAACGACGGUGCCGAGAACGUCGCGCCGUCCGCGAUCGCGAUCGAAGGUCUCACCCACAGCGGGUCGGGUGACAAGGUUCCGAACGCUGUGCCCCGGGCGCUCGAGCUCCACGAGAUCGCCGAGACUGUCACGCAGUUUGCCAUCGGUGCGCGCAACUGCGUCGAGAUCGCGGGCUUUGACGGCGUCGAAAUCCACGGUGCGAACGGGUACUUGGUCGACCAGUUUCUCAAAGACGGUGCCAACAAGCGCGGCGAUGUGUACGGCGGCUCGAUCGAGAACCGCGCUCGGUUUCUGCGCGAAGUAGUCACUGCCAUCUCGGACGCGAUUGGCGCCGACCGCCUUGGUCUUCGGCUGUCGCCGGCUGACGUGCAAGCUCGAUUGGCGAGCUUCGUGCUCUAA